GAGCCACCCAUGAGUCAGACUCUGCUGAGGAAGUGGCACCGAGGGCCCGCAGAAAGCUAAAGUCCAGUUGUGUUCCCCCAGAGAGCAGUGCAGGGAGCCUCCAGCCUGAGGGUAAGGUGUCAGUAACAGCCAUGGCCACGGAGAGAGCAGAGACCUUGGUUGCAGACCCUACCAUGAGGAGGAGGAUCAAACCAUGGGAAUUCACAGCUUUCUUUGACCCCAGCCAGCUGCGCAAGGAGACCAGCUUGCUCUGGGAGGUGUGGUGGGGCUCCAGCAGCCGCCUGUGGCGGAGCUGCAGCCAAAACAGCGUGCAUCAUGUGGAGCGGAGUUUUUUAGACCAGUUCCAGGCCCAGCGGCAUCUGGGCCCAUCCACCACCUGCACUAUCACCUGGUUCCUGUCCUGGAGCCCCUGCUGGGAGUGUGCCAGGGCCAUGCAGGUCUUCCUGGACAGGUACCCCACAGUGAAGCUGACCAUCUUUGUGGCCCGCCUGUACUGGCACAUGGACCCCCAGAACCGCCAGGGGCUCCGGAACCUGGUGCAGGGUGGCGUGGAUGUCCGGGUCAUGGGUCCGCCAGAACACUAUUACUGCUGGAGGAACUUUGUGGACUGCAGCCCAGGUGAGGAGGAGGAAUGGCCCCGAUACCACCCGGUGCCCAGACAACUGUUUGACCUGGAACUGCGCUGCAUUUGUCUCGACCUCCCCGCAUGUCUGACGAUCUCUCCAGGGAAGCACCAGCAGCUUCUACGUUUCAGCCUGACUUUGCACUCCUGCCACUACCAGAAGCUCCCUCCUGCUCUCCUUCUGCCCCUGGGCUUGGUCAGACCACUGCCCCCCCAGACAUCAUUUUCUGCUGCCCAGGGAGGGUGGGGCCCAGUCACUGUGAAUGGAGAGGUGCAGGACCUGAACACCUAUGGUUGGUUCUGGGUGUUCAGGUGAGGAGGCAGUCUUGCUUAAUGGAUGGGGCUCAGCCCUGGCAAUCAAUCAAUUGUAUUUAUUGAGUGAUUCAUUCUAUCAUAUUUAUUGAGCACGCAGUAAAGUGCUCUGCACACAGUGAUGGAUUGGUAGUGUUUGGCAGGUGGUAGACCCAGCUUCCUGUCCUAGCUCUACCCCGACCUCCUGCGUAACUUCAGCCGAAUUGCUUCCCCAAUCUGGGCCUCAGUUUCUUCUUCUGUACAUGUGCUAAGAUCCCGGCUAUCUCUUCCUCUGAGACUGAGCCAUGUGUUCAAAAGGCACCAUAUCUGAUCUGAUUAUCCUCUACCUACCUCUUCACCAGCACUUAAUAAAUACUGUCAGCAGUGACCAUGGA